AUGAAACAUAGAGAAUGGGAACUUGUUCGCACGUACCUCGACCGCAGGCCGACGUUAUGGCGGAUCAUCAAGAACAAGGACGUGGAGGAGUUCAAGUCGGACCCGUACCUAGCGACGCUGCUCAACUGCAUGCUCUGGGUGUUCUACGGCAUCCUCUACGUCAUAUUCGGCUCGGCAAUGUACGCCUCCCUGCUCACCAUCAUGGGUAAAGUGAUCAAGAACAAGAGUGUCGAGUACAUGCCCUUCUUCCUGUCGCUGGUGAGCUUCCUCAACGGCGUCUGCUGGACGUCCUACGCUCUCAUCAAAUUCGACCUCUACGUCACAAUCCCCAAUGGCCUCGGUGCGCUAUUCAGCCUCGUCCUGUACGCCUGCUACUACAGGCCGACCCCCAAGAAGGAGAAGAGCGUAAAGCUCAAAUGUGAUUGAAGGCUCCUGGCUCCUUGACUGCAAUAAAAAGUGCUAGCUACAGUAAGAACAAGGGAAUCUAGAGACCGAGACUGAUAGAAAAGGCUAGGCUACUUCUAUUCGUUAUUCGUUUCCCAUAUGAUUUUCCAUAUUUUACCAUAAAAAUAGGAUGUUUUUAGCCAUUUAUUGUUAGUACUGAAAUCAGGCAUAAAGGAUUUUACGGGAGGUAAAGAAGUUAUUUCAACAACGUUCCUGUCAUCAAAUCCUGAUUCAACAAAGCCAUGCCAGCUGUGUUGGUCGUUCCUCCGAUUCAAAGUUCUCUUGGAUUCCAAAAAGCAUCGCUACCC